GCGGGGUUGCGAGUGAAUCAGUAGGCGGGGCCAGCGGCUAGGUUUCCGGUUCCGCGUAUGAGGUCAAAGACAGACCGGGAGAGGGAUGAAAUGAUAACAGCCGAGUCGCUAUAAACUGGAGGUGGAGGAAGGCGAUCUGGAGCCUGGAGAGGCGGGAGAUACCUGGAGUCAGUGCUGGAGCCGUCAGGUUGUCCCUAGUCAGCGAUGGGCCAUUGGAAAUUGCGCCUCUUUUGCUGCUUUCUGCUUGUCCUUGUCCUGGCCCUGAAGAUCCUGUCGGCUGCAGAUUUUGAUCCUUAUCGGAUCCUCGGAAUGAGCAAGUCCGCUAGCCAAGCAGACAUUAAGAAAGCCUACAAGAAACUGGCCAGAGAAUGGCACCCGGACAAGAACAAAAAUCCAGGAGCUGAAGAUAAAUUCAUCCAAGUCAGCAAAGCUUAUGAGAUACUUUCCAAUGAAGAGAAGAGAAGUAAUUUUGAUCGAUAUGGUGACGUGGGUGACAACCAGGGCUACACGCAACAGCAGCAGCAACCCCAUCACUUCCGACACUUCCACGACAGCUUCUACUUUGACGAGUCCUUCUUUCACUUCCCCUUUAACUCGGAGCGGCGAGACUCUACUGAUGAGAAAUACCUGCUGCAGUUCUCUCAUUACAUCAAUGAAGUGGUGCCCGACAGCUUCCGCAAGCCCUACCUCAUCAAGAUCACCUCCGACUGGUGCUUCAGCUGCAUCCACAUAGAGCCAGUGUGGAAGGAGGUGGUGCAGGAACUGGAGGGGCUUGGUGUUGGAAUAGGAGUUGUCCAUGCUGGAUACGAGAGAAGACUUGCUCAUCACUUGGGCGCACACAGCACCCCUUCCAUAUUAGGAGUCAUCAACGGCAAGAUUUCGUUUUUUCACAAUGCUGUUCUCCGGGAAAACCUCCGACACUUUGUUGAAAGUCUUCUUCCUGGGAACCUAGUGGACAAGAUCAACGAUAAAAACUACAUCCGCUUCUUAUCCAAUUGGCAACAAGAGAAUAAACCUCACGUGUUACUGUUUGAUCAGUUGCCUCCUGUACCACUGAUUUAUAAGCUUACUGCUUUUGCGUAUAAGGAUUAUUUAUCAUUUGGUUACGUGGACUUGGGCAAGAGGGAGACCGAGCAAAUAAGCACUCAGUACAAUAUUAAUAUUUAUGCCCCGACCAUACUCAUCUUCAAGGAGCACAUCAACAAACCUGCUGACAUGGUCCGGGCCCGAGGAAUAAAGAAACAGGUCAUUGAUGACUUCAUAUCAACCAAUAAAUUCCUUCUAGCGGCCAGGCUGUCCAAUCAGAAGCUCUUUCAAGAGCUUUGUCCCAUGCGGAAAUCUCACCGUCAGCGCAAGUACUGCGUCGUUUUGCUGACCGGAGAGGGUGAGAAUUUCCAUAAAACCAAUGAAGCCUUUCUAUCUUUUGCUUCGGCCAAUACAAAGGAUACUGUGAGGUUCGUCCAUGCUUUCAAGGAACGCCAGACAGAACUGACCAGUGCAUUACUGGGAGGAGAGGAUAAAUACCCAGACAAGCCCUCUUUGGCUGUACUUGAAAGAAGGAAUUCCGCUGGACGAAUAGUGUACAAAACUGUAGCCGAGCUCUGGAUGGGGAGUGAGGAGAAUAAGUUUGUGCUGCUUGACUUCCUGGACAGGUUAAGAAAAGAUCCGAGUCUUCUCUCCUCUGAAACUGUUCUUAGUGAUUUGAACGAUGAGCUGGCUCCUGUAUUUUUCCUGCGCUGGUUCUACACAGCAAUGCAUUAUUGGUCAGAGGUGUGGGAGAGUCUGCUCCACAACAACUGGAGGGAGAUGAUGCCGCUUUUGUCCCUCAUCUUUUCCGCUUUGUUUAUCCUGUUUGGAACGGUGAUUGUUCAGGCUUUCAGUGACUCGAGUGAUGAGAGAGAUUCUGUUCCUUCUGAUAAGCAAGAGCCCAGCGAUAAGGAAAAGAGCACAGAGACAAACUACUCAAAGGAAAGCACAAGGGUCCCUAAGAAAGGCUUUGUGGAGGUGACGGAAUUGACCGAUGUGAAUUACACGAGUAACUUGGUCCGACUUCGCCCAGGUCACAUAAAUGUGGUGCUAAUAGUCUCCAGUUCCACAAAGGCCAGUCUGCUGCAGAGAUUUGCCCAGGAAGUGUAUACCUUCACAGGGAGCAGCACCCUGCAUUUCUCCUUCCUUAACUUGGAAAAGCAUCGGGAGUGGCUGGAAUACCUGCUGGAGUUUGCUCAGGACGCCGCACCCAUCGCCUAUCAGUACGAUGAACACUUCUUCGAAAGGGAUUACACGGGUUAUGUGCUGGCCUUGAACGGCCACAAAAAGUACUUCUGCCUUUUCAGAGCCCAGAACACCAUCGAGGAAGAGAAAGUCUCCGAAGAGAUUGAACUUUCCUCCUUGUCGGGGGACAGUCUGAGAAAGAUGGCGCUGGGCUCAGGAGCCGGUCACAUUAAAAAGAAAUUAAACAAGUUAUCGCUAUGGUUGGAGCGCCUCUUGGAAGGCUCUUUGCAGAGGUUCUAUAUUCCUUCCUGGCCUUCGCUUGACUGAGACUUUUACAAACAAAAUAAAAAAAAAAAAGGACUUUUAAUCCUCUUAAACUGUGAAUUUAGGGGUCUGUCCGACCAGAGACAUUUGAACUUUUUUUUGCCAGGAUUAGUCGGGAGCCAAUGGUGAUCGCAAUGCUCCUCAAUGACUUCAUCAAUGAUGCCACCAUGCUGCCUGUCCUCGUUCAGCUUCAUUGAAGACCUCGCCGCUGCCUUGUCCCUUGGGCAGACGCUUUAUCCAACACUCCUGAUAUCUCACGGUGGCCUGUGUUCCAAAGAUGGGGGCGAGUAGGUGAGGCCUAGGCUGUAUCUUAGUGUCCAGGUCCAGUGCAGAUUGCAGGUAGCAUUUAAUUUCCUUAUUAUGGGAUAUUUAUGGCUUUACAGGAACAUUGCUGCUUGGGAUUAACUCCCAGUGCCCAUACACGUUUCUGUAGGCAUUUAAUGAACACCCACCAGUUAAUGGAUGACAUAAACUAUGCCCAGGUCCGGGAGCAGAUGCUUUAAUAUUUUUACAGAUUGUUUUACAAUCAUAAAGCCAUUUCAAAUGAUGCUCACAGCCACGGCGGUGCCUGGGUGAGUCUUAGAAUCUUCGUAGAAUGUUUUUUUUUAUUUAUAAGUAGCCUGAUGAAUGCAGCGCCACCUUGUGGCUCCAACACACACUGCUUGUUGGCUGUCUUUGCAUCAUGAUUCCCCUUUCCCUUGGUCAGAUUUCAACGGUAGGUGCCAGUUAAUCAAUUAAAUCCAUUACCAUUAAUUACAAAUUAAUUAAUGGAAAAAGAAAUGAAGUGCUGUCACCAGCAUGUUAACCCCCGGAGUGUCCCACUUAAUCAUCCAGCACUUCUGAGGUUAAUUGCUGUACGAGGCAUUUGUUAUUUAGUCUUUUCGUGCGCAAGACAUUUUGUGUAUUAAACGCCAAAGGUUUCGUCAGAGUGGGGGAACAAGUACUAGAAACCUGAUUACAGAAAAAAAGACUCUUGUUAAGAGCUUAGUCGAUGUUCUCUCUGGGAUGGUCAGUUCUUUGCCCGACACUAGUAUAUAAAAUAAAAAAAAGCCCAUAAAGCAGUAGGUGAAAUGAGUGAUGUGCAUCAAUUUGGGACCAUGGUUCGCCCUUGUGUAAGGUUUCUGCUUCUCCAACGUGCCUGCAUAUUUGUAUUGGUAGUGGAUCUCGGGCACUGCCACAAUAAUCUGAAUCUAAACUGAGCAAUACCCCAUGCAGAACCAGCCAAUAGAAAUGGGUUUAUUCAGGUGAAGUUCACAGCAAAUGGGUACAUGACCCCAAAAGGAUUGCUCACCACUGUGUUAAAGGAAAACAAAUGCUUCAUAAAGAAUUGUGUCUCCAAAGAUGCCCCAGUAGCUCCCCAUCUUCUUUUCUGCUGAUUCACUGAUUCACAUGCUCUGUGCUGCUGUCACUUACUGAGCUUAGGGAGCCACUCACAAUAUACAGUACACAUAGAAUAGAAAUGUCACAAUAUAAGGCUGAUUAUUCAGAUUCACAAAGUUGUGUGUUCUGCAUCCGAGCUGAUUAAUAAUUAUCCCUGUAAUCGCCCCCCCCUCCCCCAAUCUUAACUUCUCAGCAGCAGCCCAGAGCCUACUGAGCAUGUGCAGAGCCACUGACACACAAACAAUACCCAACCAAGAUGGGGAGCUGCUCGUGGGCAACUUUGAAGGCCUGGAUCAUGGAAACCGGUAUAGGGCUGCUGAACUUCUAGCUCUGAACAGAAAAUAAAGCAUUUUUAGACAUUCUUUUUAAGGCUUUAAAGGGUAACUCUCCAUCUUGCCUGAAUGCCCAUGCCUAAUUUGAAUUCGGAUACCAGAAUCCAAUCUCCAA